AUGGUUCAGUGUGUCUAUGUUUUGGUUGUUAUGUCACUCAUGUAUUCAAGUCUGAAUGGAUUCGGAAUUGAGCAACGGUUACAGACAGACCUCUUCGCCAAUUACAGUAAACAUGCCCGACCUAUUCGACAUGAUCGGGCGGUUAUACUGAUAGUGGGCCUUGUCGUCACGUUACUUUUAGAUGUGCAAUGGAAAGACGAGCAUCUACAGUGGAAUCCAUCCGACUAUGGUAAUCUGAGUACAGUUAUCGUACCUACAAGCUGGAUAUGGAACCCUGGUGUCGUUAUACAAAAUAGUGCCAACCAUGACAGUUAUAUUCUUAAAACAGAAAGGGUUCCCGUAACUUCAGAGGGCGUAAUCCAAUACUCACCGCCUGCAAUCUUUGAAACGCCCUGUCCGAUCGACAUCGAAUUUUUCCCUUUUGAUGUCCAGAAAUGCGAAUUGGUGUUCGGACCGUGGGAAUACACUACCGAUAUGUUAACACUGAAUCCACUAAACAACAAAGUAACAAUUUCCAUGCUAGCUCCGAAUUCCGAAUGGAUUAUCAUCAAUUCCACAGUUGAAAUGGACUACCAUUAUUCGGAUGACGAUUUGGUCACGUGGGACAAGGUGGUUUAUACCCUUGUAUUACGGAGGAAGCCCCUGUUUUAUAUCGUCAACAUAAUAAUUCCUGCCAUCAUUAUGGCACUGCUGACUUUAUUGUUAUUCUUCUUACCGUCAGACUCGGGUGAGAAAAUGUCGUUUGGCGUAUCAAUCCUAAUAGCCAUGUCGGUUUUUACUCUGAUGGUCGCGGAAAUGUUGCCGGCAAGCUCGGACAGCGUCCCACUGAUCGGUCGCUACCUUCUUUUUAACACGUGUCAUGUAGCGUUCUCCAUCACCGUGGCGAUAUUCGUGCUGCGACUGCACCAUCGACCACGGCACAUGCAGAGCAUGAGUCCGUUCAUGCGAAAGGUAUUCUUCAGGUACCUCCCAAAACUAAUGUUUCUGAAACCAUUGGUAUCGCCGGCAGGCUGUGCGCAGAUUUAUGCAAAUCAUACUGAUCACCACGGCAACACAGAAACCAUGCUUGCCAUUGUACGUUUAGAGGAGACUAUGAACAAGUGUGAUGAUCAAGAAGUUACACGUAGCGAUGGCAACAAGAUGGAACUGCUCAACAAGUUGUUUGAUGAUGCCCAUUAUUUGCGGAGUUCUGUUGAAACUGAAGAAAGUCAGGAAGAGACAGGUAGCGGUGCUAGAAUGAAGGCAUUACAUGUUGCAUUGGAUCUGCUUUUACAAAGUGAAGGAGCAGUUGAAAGUAUCAAUAGAACUUUAACAGAGGAAGCUACUGAUACAUUGAAUUCAUCAGAUGCAAUAGCACAGAGUGGCAGGCAUGAAUUAUUAGACAGCGGAUAUUGUAAAAUGGAAGAGUCUGGAGGAGCUGAUGCUGGAGUUUGUGAAUUCGUAAAACAGGGAGAUGCUCCAACUACAGUUGAUAAAAGUAAAAUGAAGGAGCUAGAAGAACAAGAGAAAUUGCUCUCUAUUUUACUCUCACGGAUACAGUUUGUGCUCUUGAACUUAGUCAAAUUACAUUCCAACAAGAAAAGUGACCAUGAUAAGUUAUCUAGAUACAAGAAGAUGUACGGCAUUGCAUUGAUGUGUGAAAAGCUUUACAAAGGCAAUUUAGUUAAGGCACUUCAAUAUGCACUGAAAGAAGUCAAAUUAUUACAAACUCCUCCAUGAGAUUCAGUUAAUAAUUUAGUUUGAUGUAUGAUAUGUACAACAAACUUUGCAUGAAAGGUACAAUUGUACGAUCCGCGGUAAAUUUUUAUUUUUUGAAAAUUCAUCAAAAUUCAUUUAUAUUACAUACAGUGUACAGAAAGUUACAAAAUUAAGAUGAUGGUAUUUGUUUGCAGGUGAUUGUUAAUAGUUCAACCACCGUACUUUCAGAAACCCUAAUAAGGUAUAGGGUAUAUCAUGUCAAAAACAUAGUGAAAAUAUUUAUUCUCUUGAGUGUGACACAUCAAUUAAAACACUUUCAGUAAUGCUUACUUUAUGACUUUUCCAGUCUUAGCUAUGAAGUAAAACUGUUUAGCUAGUAUGGUCUGUAAGUAUAUCAUUGACAACAAAAAUAAUCAUAUCAGUUAUCA